CGGCCCGGCCCGGCCCCGCCCCGAUCGCGGGCACCGCGAUGUGUCCGACCCGCGGUUCCCGUCAGGCAGCGCGCGGGGCCGCGGCCGCCCCCGCCUCCUGCCCGCGUUCCCUCGGCGGCGGCGGCGCUGAGGUGGCGCCGCGCCCCGGUGAGGUGAGCGAGGCGCUUCAGCCGGCGCUGCCCCAUCCCCCGCCGGCCCGGGCGGCAGGGAGUGGCUGUCCCGCCGCGGCCCCUACGGACGCGAAGCACGUCUCAAGAUGGCAGAAUUAUUUAUGGAAUGUGAAGAAGAGGAGCUAGAACCCUGGCAAAAGAGAGUGAGAGAAGUGGAAGAGGAUGAUGAGGACGAUGAUGAUGAGCCAAUCUUUGUUGGGGAAAUCUCCAGCUCAAAGCCAGCCACUACAUAUAUAUUGAACAGAGUCAACCUCAGCUCACCACGAAGGGGGAUACAGAAUGGUGCACCCAGUAGAGGUACAGUCACUACAUUCAAGUCUGAGAGUCAGCAUUACGUGACGCCUGCCUCCAGCCCCGGUGCCAUGCCUGCCCCGUCAGUCUUUCAGACUGUGCCCAGACCUGCGACCAGCUCAGUGGCAGUUCAGCCAUUGGCUGUAGCAGUGAAUGUUUCAGGAACUUCACAAACACUGCAGAGACCAGUUGCUGGAUGUUUGUCGACACAGCAGGUGCCUGGGUCAAGUUCUGGAAUAGCACAGCCUGUUAGCAGACCUGUAACCAUUCCAGUGACAACACAGCCAGUAUCAAGAAAUAUUACUGUUCCUGUUGUGGCUCAACCUGUAUCCAGGCCAGAGACUCCUGCAACAGCACAGCCUGUAAUACUCAAUCAGGAUUAUAUUAUGGAUUCUCCACCAGAUGCACCAGAUAAUACAUCUGGUAUACUGUUUGGUGUGAGACACAACUCGGGAGUUCCACAGUACCAGACUGGGCCAGCAGUGAAUGUAACAGGGACAAAUGCUGCAUCCAGCACCAUUAAAAAUGGAGGACCUUUUCCACGAGCUUGUCCAAAAUGUAAUAUACACUUCAAUCUUAUGGAUCCUCUAAAAAAUCAUAUGAAGUAUUGUUGUCCAGAUAUGGUGAAUAACUUUUUCUCAGAAAUGGUCAAAACAGAGUGUUUGAGCACAUCAAUCAAGACCACUGAAUCUGAGAAAGGAAAGCUGAUUAUGUUAGUUAAUGACUUUUAUUAUGGGAAGGAUGAAGGUGACCUCCAGCAGGUACAACAGGAGCAGAAGACUCAUACGACAUUUAAAUGCAUCAGUUGUCUCAAAGUUCUUAAAAAUAACAUAAGGUUUAUGAACCACAUGAAACAUCACUUGGAGCUUGAGAAGCAAAGCAAUGAAAGCUGGGAAAGCCACACCACCUGCCAGCACUGUUACCGACAGUUCCCCACGCCAUUCCAGCUGCAGUGCCACAUCGAGAGUACACACACGCCUUACGAGUCGUCCACGAUUUGUAAAAUCUGUGAAUUAUCAUUUGACACAGAGCAAGUUCUUUUGCAACACAUGAAGGACAAUCAUAAGCCAGGUGAAAUGCCGUAUGUUUGCCAGGUGUGCAGCUACAGAUCCUCAGCUUUUUCAGAUGUAGAAACACAUUUUAGAACAGUUCAUGAAAACACAAAACAUUUGCUAUGCCCAUUUUGCCUCAAAGUUAUUAAAAUUGGAGCGCCGUAUAUGCAUCAUUACAUGAGGCAUCAGAAAAAGGGAAUAUAUCGUUGCACUAAAUGCAGACUGCAGUUUUUAACAUGCAAAGAAAAAAUGGAUCACAAGACUCAGCAUCACCGAACAUUUAGGAAACCCAAGCAAUUAGAAGGCUUGCCUCCUGGAACAAAGGUGACUAUUCGAGCAUCUUUGGGAUCUCAUCAGUCAGGAUCAUCAGCUACAUCUUCUGUUAGUACAAGCAGUUCCACAUUUCAGUUAUCACCUAAAGCUAAAAAUACCACCACUAAAAAUCAUAACAAAUCUAAUUCAAGUAAAUCAAGAGGAAAAUCAAAACAAUCUACAUCGAGGAAACAAAAUGCAUGGACAAACAGCAGAAGAAAAAAAGAACCUACAAAUAUAGCGUUUCAUAAUCUAAGGUAUCACGUGGGAACUCACAAAUGCAUCGAGUGUUUCUCAGAAGUAAAAGAUUUUGCGAGUCACUUUCCUGCUUACGUCCACUGUAGUUUAUGCAGGUACAACACCAGCUGUAGCAAAGCCUAUGUGAAUCACAUGAUGAGUUUUCACAGUGCUCGUCCAAGUAAAAGGUUUUGGAUCUUCAAGAAGCAUUCAGAGGAGCUACGAGGUGUGACUGUAGUGUGUCUUAACUGUGAUUUCCUGGCUGAUGCUUCUGGCUUGGAUAACAUGGCCACACAUCUGAGUGAGAACCAGACUCAUACUUGUCAAGUUAUUGUAGAGGAAAUUUCCACAGAUAAUGCAACUGCUGCACAAGUGUCUCACAAACAAGAGCAUGACUCUUCAGAUGAAACAAAAGAAUGCAGUAGAAAUCAAACUAAAAAAGUUGCAUCCGUUGAAAAGAGGGAAGACUCAUCACUGUCAAAUACAGAAAAUGUUUGUAGUUUGGAACUCCCUGGCAACAGCUCAAAGAAUUCUUUGCAUGAGAAAAGAGCAUACUGUGAUUCAUCUAAUAGCAAACAGUUAGUAGAUGAGAAAGAAACAUGUAUUCAUGAUGAAAGCGAGAUGAAAACGUGCCAAAGUUCAGAUGACGUUGUCCUGAAUGAGCAGACUAAAGCGCGUAGCUGGGAUGAAACCGCGCUCUCAGCCAAGAACGUGAGGGACUUAAAGCUGACGCUGGGUGAAGAUGUCAGUUUUGAGCAGUUCCUGAGAAAGAGGGAUGAGCCCGAAUCUGUUAGUUCAGACAUAAGUGAACAAGGCAGUAUUCAUUUGGAGCCUUUAACUCCAUCAGAAGUACUAGAGCAUGAAGCUACUGAAAUUCUCCAGAAAGGUAAUGUUGCACCUUCGUCAAAGAAGGCGGGGCAGCUCGCUGAACAAACAGAUGAGACUUCUAGAGAAAGCAAUCCCAGCAGAAUGGAAACAACUGCAAACAAGACAGAUGAGAAUGAAGCAAGCUGAAAUUGUGUUAAUUUUAUUGUUUGUUUUAAACUAUGGUAAGAACACCAUGGACAUUCCUGAUGAGUGUGCUCGUGGAUGCUAAAGACUAAAAAUUUUAAAAGGGAGGAGAAGAGAAAGAGACACCAAAGGGAAGUUUGCAUAUGGAGGUAGCAUGUAUGUGUAUGUAUGACUGAAUUCAUUAAACUUCAAAAAGGUAUCAUGUUAAAAUAUAUCUUCCUGUCUCUUGGAUGUGAUAUAUUAUUAGAUUGAUACUUGAAAAGAGGUAUAAAUUCUAAUUUUUUUAUAGUUAACUAGCCCAGGAUAAGGUGAUUUCUUCGCCCAGAAAGUAUUUUUCUAAAUUCUUUAGUGUGAAUCUCAUGGAACUGGGGAUUGAGUAGGAAUUGACUUCUGAUGCUGAUAUGGAGCACACUUAUAAUGACAGUUUUUGGUCCACUGAUAGUUUAGGUAAAUAUAAACCUUGGAACUUGGUGUCACAUUCCUGUCUGUAAAAGCACGUAAACAGAAGUAUAUGAAUUUGUGCACCUCUGUACAGGUGUAAUCCUGCCAGGCUGUAAACUUACCUUAAUAAACUUUCAGUGAAAGUGAAAUUAUUACAAUAAAAAACUAUAUUUGUGGAGUUUUCCCUGUGCAGGCUGUGCAGAACUAAGGAACAUAGCUGUAUGAAGUAGGACAUAAUGCUGAAAGUAUUGUAGCUGUUAGGCUUUUACCAUUGGCUUCAUUCCUCUUAGCCCUAGACCCAUAGGAAUGGUCUGUAUGUCACACCAAAGUAUGGUUUGAUGUAAAAAUGGUUUUAAGCGAACAUAAGGAAAACUCCAAACUGGAAACACCACCUGGCAUGCAUUUUGCCUUUUUGCAGCUGCUACUGGCUAACUUAAAAAUAGGACACAAGGGCAUAUAAAGUAGUAUUGUACAGUUCAAUUUCAGGACUUUUUGUAGUCUAAGUUAUGUACAGAAAAAGAUGGCUGCUGGUUUUAGUUUGGUUUUUUAGUUUUGGGGGUUAUUUUUGUCUUCUAGUUAGCUAGAUUUAGGAAUGCAUAUGAUAACAGUAGCUUGCUCCUUUGAUUUCAUUGCUCCAUUUGAAACAUUCAGAAUGUGCUUUUGACUUACAGUUUUGUUUUUAAUGAAUGUUAAAUGUUUUGAACAGCUGUUAAAGUACUGCUGUAAAUUAUUACUUUUUGAGUAAAUAUUUGCAACAAAAAA